UGCACACACAAAUAUUACAAAGCAGCAAAGACCCAAGUUGCUUGCUUCGUAUUUCGUAGUUCGGACUGUCGCACUACAUUUGAGCAUUAUUUUCUUUUCUAAAAUUGUCUCUUUUAGUUUCUGUUCUCUUGUAAAAUAUGUCUGCAUUUAGAUUAUUUGUCGUCAAAUUCGGUAAAUCCAAACCUAUUAGCAGUUGCAAUAAUAAGACUUUACCAGCGUGAGUGAUCGAAUCCUACGAAUACAGUGAUACUCGCCCAUCACGACUCACGUCACAUUUACACAGAAACCUGUCAAGAUUGAUCAAGAUCGCAGAGCUGUACAAAACUAGGAUAUUCAUCUGUAUAUUUUACAUCCUGGAAUUAUAUUAAGCAAGAUAGGUGACUAUGGAGGCUGUACCCGUGGUACAAGACGACAGUUCAGGCGCAAACCCAAGCAGUGUGAAGAGCGAGGGCAGUAGCCCGCGCCACGAUGGCGGCAGGAACUCACCGCCGCCCAACUGCGCCAUAUGCCUCGGCACCUGCAGGAACAAGUCAUUCACCGACUCAUGCCUCCACCAGUUCUGUUUCAAAUGUCUUUUAACAUGGAGUAAAGUAAAGGCAGAAUGUCCAUUAUGCAAACAAAAUUUUAAAUCUAUUAUACACAAUGUGCGGUCAAACCAUCAAUAUGAGGAGUACAUGGUUGAGCAGCAACAGACUGAAGAUGUCACAGAGCGAAACGAUGUGGAGAAUAUACGAACUGUGACGCGAAGGUUUAGAUACAGCACGACGUUCACGCUGCCGCGGCACGAGACCAUCGCGAUCCAGCAGCUGCUGAUGCACUACCCGCUGAUGGCGGGCGUGCUGCCGCCGCCGCGCCGCCGCCGCUCCCCCGCCUCCUUCCGCCGCACCGUCUACCGACACAACCUGUGGGCGCGCCCGCUGCCAGACUUCACCGGCCGCUUCCGCGACUCCACGCCCGACUUCUACAGGUACAAUGACACACAGAUGCACCGGCUCGUCCCUUGGCUGAACAGAGAGCUUUCGUACCUGUUGAACGACAAUGUGGGUCACAUAUCUUACGUGAUGGCCCGAGUAAUGGAUCUGCUCCCACAAUAUCACAUUACCUCACCGGAAUUUCGAGAAGCGAUGCGCCGCUACUUCGGGGAUCGCACGGAACAUUUCCUUCAUGAGUUAUACUGUUUCGCAUCGACUCCGUACGACAUGACCGGCUACGAUCGCAACGUGCAGUAUACCACUGACUCGCGAAUAUCGACCAUGGUCAACGAAGUGAUCUCCAGCUCCGAGUCAGAUGCGAGCGUAGAUUCAGACAUCGUGAUGGUGUCCAGCUCCGAGCCGGCCGAGCAGCCCGCCGGACCGUCCGGCGUACCGCCGCCCGCCGCCGACAACGUCAUCCCCAUCGAGACCAUUUCGCAUUCCGACACCGAUGAUGACUCCUCCGAAGUGAUGGUCGUGGGAUACAUCAAGCCGCCACAGGAGCGGACCCCCGAAGUGGUGGAUCUGCUUGGCUCUGACAGCGACGUGGUGGUGCAGGAGGGCCGCGCCGAGCCGCCACCCAACCCCGCGCCCGCCGAGACCAGCACCACGCCCCUCGUCAAGCUCAUCCUGAAGCGGCAGCCCGGCGCAGACCGCUCCGACAGUGACGACUCGGACGACAGCGACACCACCUACCGGCCGCCCUGCGCGCGCCGCCGCCGCCGCCCGCGCUCGCACAGCUCGUCGCGUGCCUCGCGCGCCUCCCACGUGUCCCCUCCCUCCCCCACACUCGCCACGCGCGCCUCGUCGCCGGCGUCCUCGCCCGCGUCGCCCGCGACCCCCGCACCGCGCGCCGACUCCAGCUCCCCCGCUACCGCGUUCCAUUCGAGUUCUUCCAACCAUUCUACCGAACACUUCUCCGACACUUCUGACUCCGAUGAGCGAUGUACAAGGUUUGCGCGCAGGAAAACAAAGAAGAGAAUCAGUCGAGACGCACCGGUCCCGCGGCGUGAGCGCAAGCGCAGUGACAGGCGGCCGUCGAGAAAUCGUCGCGUCGAGAAGGUUGUCUCCGAAGAUCGCGUCGACCGAGAGAGGCGGAAUAAACGAAAAUCGCACACGGGCAAAGGUGUGAAGUCGUCAAAACGAAGGGAGGAAUCGGCACCGGCGCGAGCCCGGAGUCCGGAGCGGGCGGUGGACUACGAGGCGAGCGCACAGGCCGGUCCCAGCGGGUCCGGCACGCGGCGGCGCCGGCGCGACGUGCGACAGGCGCGGUCGGGGCGGCGCCUGCGCAGCGUGGUGAACGUGAUGUGCGGCGCGCCGGCCGCGGGCGCGUGGGCGCGCGCGCGCUCGGAGGACGAGUGGAACGAGUCGGGGCGCUCGAGCGCGUCGCGGCGCCCGCGCGACUCGUCGUCGGACUCGGACGACAACCUGCCGCUCAACCUCACCGUGCAGAAGGCGCAUACUGUCUCGUAAUCCUAUACAGUAUACACCUUACGAUACUAUCAAAUAUUGUGAUAAAUUAUUAUUUAAUGAUGAAGGUCGGCCGAUAUGUUUGGAACGUAUUAUUUUGUAAACGGUUCUGUGGCGAACCUUCCGAUGAGUAGCGUAUGAAAUAUGUAUAUAUCAAUUCGACGAGAGCAUUUCGUGUAUUAUAAACGGACUAAGAUGAUGAUUGUAUAUUUAUUUCGUUAAUAUAAUGAUGCUCUCAAUAUAAAGACUCCCUUCUAGUUUGUAUUUAUAAUUUUUAUGUUGUAACGUCACUCGUGUAGUCGUUACGGUGUUUUUGUUGUAAAAUUUUAAAGGAUAUGAUGAAACAUUUAUAUCCACUACUGAAUAUAAAUGUAGCAACUCGCCCAAUAUGCUUGUAUAACUUAUGGUUUGUAAAUAUAAAAUGCGAGUCUGUACAAGCUCUUGCUUGUAACUAAACCCAGAUUUAGUUAAUUGAUAGCAUUUACUUUUUAAUUAUAAUUAUUAAUUUCAUUGCAAUAUUACACAUCACAGUAACCUUUCAGAUUGUAGGAAGCGGGGCCGGAUCGCUCGCGGUACUUGAAGAGAUACAACACUAUGUUGACAAUGUGUAUGUGACGUUAUAUACGGGUAUAUUAUUUAGAGAUACAGACGAGCCAUUUCUGUUUUAGACUUGAUAUAAUUGCAAUGAAUUUAAAUAAUGCUUUUAAAAUAAAUAGGCCUAAAUUUAAUGGUUUGAAACAUCUGAUUUGCGAUUUGAUGUUGGUUUUUAACUCGUGUGCCGAUUCGACGAUUGACGUCGACUUGUGAGUGUAGAGGGCGGUGUGAUCGGAAAUAGGGCAACAUUGCGUUUGUAUAUUUUGUAAAAUACAGAUCAAUCUGAUGUAUUCACAAUGUAAUUAUGAAUUUGCUCGAGGCAUUAAUGUAACCCGAAAUAAAUGAUUAUAUGAA